UACAAUUAGCUGGCGUGACAACAGCUGCUGUGGGUUAAAGGGACAGGGGGCGUGGUGUGGCGUAUGUAUGGGAGGAAUCUGGAGUCACUGCUAGCACCUAUUGUGUGUGCUUUGGAGAGACGGACACCGGGUUGUCAGGUCCAGGAUCCACAAGAGCCUCUCCUGAAGGAGGAAGUGACUGCAGCUUGAGAGACUUCCUGUGGGAAGAGCUUUGUGUCUCUGGAGCACAAGGAUGAUGGAUCGGUAUAAGAUCCCACGCACCAAAGAGUUGGAGUUUGGAGGGCCCCUGGGAGCCAUGAUCCUCAUCUUUCUCAUGCCAGCUACUGUCUUCUAUCUUCUGCUGACGUGUCGCACUGAGCAAGCCAGCGUGCUGAACUUCCCGCCCCCGCUGCCACCCCUGAGCACCCUGUGGAGCCCCCACACCUUCCUGCUGCUCCUGGCUUGGGUGGGGCUCCAGGCUGCCCUCUACAUGCUGCCUAUGGGGAAGGUCACAGAAGGGAUCGUCCUUCGAGACAAGAGCCGGCUCCAGUAUCGCAUUAAUGCUUUCCAAGCGAUGGGGGUCACGGCCCUGGUGGUGGGGGCUGGACUGGCAGCCGGGCUGCGCCUCAGCUACAUCUAUGACCACUUCCUGCAGUUGGCUUUCUCGGCCUUGCUGCUGGCCUUCGGCCUCAGCUUCCUCCUCUACUUCAAGUCUCUCUUUGCCCCAGAGACAACACUGGCGCCAGGUGGGAACUCAGGGAAUCCUAUCUAUGACUUCUUCAUGGGCCAUGAGCUGAAUCCACGCAUUGGCUCCUUCGACCUGAAGUAUUUCUGCGAGCUGCGGCCAGGCCUCCUAGGCUGGGCACUGGUGAACAUGGCCAUGCUGGUGAAAGAGACUGAGCUGCGGGGAAGCCCCUCGCUGGCCAUGCUCCUGGUCAAUGCCUUCCAGCUGCUGUAUGUGGUGGAUGCACUUUGGAAUGAGGAGGCCAUCCUCACCACCAUGGACAUCGUACACGAUGGAUUUGGCUUCAUGUUGACCUUUGGGGACCUGGCCUGGGUGCCGUUCAUCUACAGCCUGCAGGCCUACUUCCUGGUCAACCACCCACAGAAGCUGAGCCUGCCCAUGGCUGCCGGGAUCCUCUUGCUCAAUGGUGUGGGCUACUGCAUCUUCCGCAGCGCCAAUUCCCAGAAGAACACUUUCCGCAGGAACCCCAAUGACCCCAGAGUAACUGGUCUCAAAACCAUCCCCACAGCCACGGGCCGGCGUCUCCUGGUGUCUGGGUGGUGGGGGUUUGUGCGCCACCCCAACUACCUGGGGGAUCUCAUCAUGGCUCUGGCCUGGUCUCUGCCCUGUGGCCUGACACACGUCCUGCCCUACUUCUACGUCUUCUACUUCACUGUGCUGCUGAUUCAUCGGGAGGCCCGGGAUGAGCACCAGUGCCUGCGGAAGUACGGGCUCGCCUGGCAGGAGUACUGCCAGCGAGUCCCCUACAGGAUCUUCCCUUACCUUUACUGAGACGCAUCCCAGCACAUCAUGCCCCAUGCAGACCCAAGCACAACAGCUUACAUCUGCCCACCUCUGCUCCUAAGGCUGGUAGGACGCUAGCCUCUGUCCUUACCACUGGGGCACGUUGUCAUCCUCUACCGCAUCUUUGCUGUGACACUGUCCAUGCCGAGUCAGUGCCAAACACCCACUCAACCAGUCCCCAAAGGGAAUGAAGUCCAUCUCCCUGGAAGUGCAGGAUUGUUCCCUCCAGUGUAUUCCAUGGAGCUAUGCACUGUCUAGCUUUAAAUGGUUCAUACAAUGCAGCUCGCAACUGGUCCCGGAGGGAGAGAAGAUCAUCUCAUAAUGGAGCUUUCUUGUUCGUUAUGGAGUAAAUCCAGACCCCAGAGCAAGUGGGGAGACUCUUCCUCCUUCUGAACAUCCACAGUUGAAGUUGCUUUGACCAGCUGUGUCCUAAACGCCAUCAGCCCUAUCUGCACACUAAUGCUCGCUUACCAUCACUGCUGCCCAAAGGCAGCUUGGGGCUACGCCGAGCUUUGCCACUGAACACUAAAGAGGAACUGCGACCAAAUCAAGGCAAAUGGCAGUACCUAGGUGACAAGAUGCUGCCCCCAUGGAACUAUAGAUUUUGUUUGUGGAGCUGCCUGAAUUCACAGGAAGUGGAUGGCUCAUGGAAGCUGAACUCCUUAUGUCUUAGAGAAGCUGCCACUCCACCCACCUUGUGCCUAUAGUGAAAUAGAAAGCCAUUGUGCCACAGAGUGGGUGCAGAAAUUGAACAGACUCAAGGUGCUUUGCAAACUGCUAUGUGUGAUUAGCAGGCGAUGGUACUCUCUCCAUCCUGGAGUCUAGAG